AUAUUUUUAUUUAUAAAAAAUGAUUUAAAAAAUCGGAUGAUUCUUAAAAUAUUAAUUAAAAAUUAAUUUGGAAUCAUUGACACACCCCUUGACUGUGUGACGGUCCCCUUGGCAUUACUAGCCCCUUGUUCGUUAUUGAUUUUGGACCUUUACUCGUAAAUUUUUCGCCAUUGGUUGUGAAAAAUUGCAUUUCCAGUGAUUUGUGGGGCGGAUUCCUAAUCUUGAGAAUGGCGUUGUGAUCCCCUGGAUGCUGUCCAGGUGCUGUGAGUUGGAAAAAGCAGGAAAAUCCACGUGCUACGUGUUGUGAGUGCAUUUUGUUUUCCUCCACGUCUCUUCCUGGAUUUUCUCACUCAAUCCCCCGAUUCACUCGAGUUUUCCCAAUUGUGGAAAGGAGGGAUUUUCUGACGGGAGAAAAAUGAAUGAUCCUUGGGUGGUGACGCCCCGUGAGAAAGUUCGCUUCCGUGACCAGUUUGCAGCCCUCAAGCCCAUCAAUGGGAUCGUCACGGGGAAUCAGGCCAGGGACUUCUUCCUUCAAUCGGGGCUACAACCGCGGAUCCUUGCACAGAUUUGGGGAAUGGCUGACACGGAUUCCGACGGGAUGAUGAACAUCAAUGAGUUUAGCAUUGCCUGCAAGCUCAUCAAUAUGAAAUUGCGUGGCUUUGAAGUGCCCACCGUACUGCCACCCAUCCUCCUGACAACUCUCCUCUCAGCCGGUGGGACGCCCACAAUGACACCAACGGGAGCCGGGAGUCUCAGCCCGUUGGAUCCCAUGAAAUCCAUUGUGGGGUCUCAGCAGCCCAUUUUACCGCCUCCCAACGUCCCAGCAGCCGCUGUGGCACCAGCAAUUGUACCGAAUCUCCCCCAGGCGGCUCCAAUGAUGUACACUGCACCCCCCAUGGCCUCUGUGGCACCCCAACCAAUCCCGGCGCCUGUCUCCAUGGCCCCCAUAGCUCCGUUGCCUCAAGUAGCUCCAAUGGCGCCCAUGCCUCAAGUAGCCCCCAUCCCUCAAGUGGCUCCAAUGGCUCCCACAAUGCCUCAAGUGGCCCCAAUCCCUCAAGUGGAUCCCACCAUCAGAUACAAUUCCCUAUCUGAGACACCAACACCCAUCGCCACGGGCUCCCCAUUGGCACAGAAUGGCAUCAAACCUCGAUCUAUGUCCAUCACCGAUCGGGUGCCCUCAAUCGACUCUCCUCCCGGAGCUGCUGAUUGGGCCGUCAAGGACAGCGUAAGGCGCAACUUUACGCAAGUCUUCAAUCAGCACGAUCGCACCCGCUGCGGUUUCCUCACGGGUACUCAAGCGCGGAACAUUAUGAUGCAGUCGAAGCUCCCAACGGAAACAUUGGCACUCAUCUGGGGCUUGUCGGACAUGGACAAAGAUGGGAAGUUGGGCUGCGAGGAAUUUGUCCUGGCAAUGGCACUGUGCGACAUGGCGCUCCGUGGGCAGGAGAUCCCGAAGAAAUUGCCACCGGAACUUGUGCCACCGAGUUUCCGGAAAGCCCCCUCACGCCCCGGAUCAACGGCAUCCUCUCGCCAUGGGAGUCUCUCGUCGCAGGGCUUAAUUGGGGACGUUGUGGACCCAAUGGCGGGAUUGCCGCAGACGUCGUUUGAGGAUAAGCGCAAGGAGAACUUUGAGAAGGGGCAGGCAGAGCUGGAGAGACGUCGAAAGGCUCUGUUGGAUAUUCAGCGGAAGGAGCAGGAGGAGCGAGAGCGCAAGGAACGCGAAGAAGCGGAAAAGCGAGAGAAGUUACGAAUUGAGGCAGAGAUGAGGCGUCAGCAGGAAAUUGAGAGGCAGAUGCAGCGACAGAAGGAGAUUGAAAUGGAAAUGGAGGAGAAUCGCAAGAGGCAGCAGGAACAGAGAGAGGCGGCUAGAAAAGAAAUGGAGAGGCAGCGUCAACUUGAGUGGGAGAAACAGAAAAUUCAGGAGAUGGAAGCACAGAGACAACGAGAACAAGAUCAUUUGCUACGAUUGAAGGGACAGAAUCAAAAUUCAAGCAUUGAAUUGAGCACCCUCAAUGAGAAGAUUAAGGAGUUAUCGCAGAAAAUCUGUGAGACACGCAGCAGUGUGACCAAUGUGAAAGCCGUAAUUGAUCGCAUGAGAACAACACGGGAUACAUCAAACACAGAGAUGACAAAUUUGAAGAAUAAAAUAAAGGAACAAAAUGCAAAAUUGGUGCAAUUGAGUCAGGAGAAGGCGAAACUCGAUGCAAGGAAUAAGGCUAAUCCCGCCGAUCAGGAACAAAUGUUCAACAAUAAGCAAAUUCAAUUGCAACAGUUGCGCGAGAAAGUUUCAGAGACAACGGAAAAGAUUACCAGCAAGAAGAGUGACAUCGAUGCGAAUAGGGAGCAAUUGAGUGAGAUAAAGAAUCAACUGACGGAACUCAUUGAGAACUGCGAGAGUCUCUAUGGGCAGUACGAUGUGCAGAGGAGUCAGGUGAUUGAGCUCAAGAAUAAUCGACGCAAUGAAGCAGCUAAUGCUUCCUGGGGUGAUGACGAUGCCUCAUGGGCAGCAGCUCCAACCAUUGAAAGUACAGCGAUUAGUGCAGCUCCAGCUCCAGCUCCUAUUCCGGGCUAUGCGCAAUAUCGGGCCCUUUACGGGUUUGUGGGACGCAAUGCUGAUGAGAUUUCAUUUGAACCAGGAGACAUAAUCAUGGUGCCAUAUGACCAGAAUGCGGAACCAGGAUGGUUUGCUGGGGAGAUUAAUGGGAAAACAGGAUGGUUCCCAGAGUCGUAUGUUGAGAAAUUGGAUGAUGGUGCUCCAGCUGAAAUAGCCACGGAAUCCACGGAUACCUACACGAGUCAGAAAUACGAAGAAGUGGAAUCCGUCACGGAAUCUACCACUUUAGCUGCAAAAACUGCCACAGAAGCACCUACAGAUGGAGAAUACUACAUUGCAACGUCAUACGACUCAGCGGAACCCGGAGAUCUCAUAUUUAAUGCCGGUGACGUGAUUCUCGUAACGAAGAAAGAUGGAGAAUGGUGGACGGGAACACUACGAGGGGAAUCCGGAAUGUUUCCGUGCAACUACGUGGACAAAGCUCCACCGGAAUUGUGUGGGAAUGUGGGCAGGAAUGGCGAUAUCCACACUGAAGUUAAUAAUUCCGUGGCACCUUUGAAGCUUGACAACGCCGAAAGUGAAGCAAAGCAUCAAGCUGAGAUGGAUUCGGAAGUUUCGCAGAUUAAUACGAGACCCAAGAGUGAAUCUGUUGACUAUUCAGUACCAGCAUCAGCAUCAGCAACGCCCAGUCUUCGUGGCAAAAAGCCCGAAAUUGCACAAGUAAUCGCACCAUAUGAAUCCACAACGCCAGAACAGCUAUCACUGCAGCGUGGACAGCUGAUAAUGAUUCGGAAGAAGACUGACACGGGUUGGUGGGAGGGGGAACUGCAAGCAAAGGGGCGUCGUCGGCAGAUUGGUUGGUUUCCGGCAACGUACGUGAAAGUACUGCAAGGUGGACGCAAUAGUGGUCGCAAUACGCCUGUUUCGGCUAGUAAAAUCGAGCUAACCGAGACAAUUCUGGAUAAAGUGAUAGCAUUGUAUCCGUACAAGGCACAAAAUGACGACGAGCUGUCCUUCGAGAAGGACGACAUUAUCAGCGUUGUGGGUAGAGAUGAGCCUGAAUGGUGGCGUGGGGAACUCAAUGGGAUCCAAGGACUCUUUCCCAGUAACUACGUUGGGCCAUUUGUGACGUCAGGAAAUGUAUAAAUUGCGCUUAAUAAAUAAAUAACUCUUAUAUAUCAACGGGGGACGGACAGUAGAGAGGAGGAUGACCCACAAAUGAAUAAAAAUGAAAUGAAAUGAAAAACAAUAUGUUUACAGACAAAUAGUAAUAUUAUAUAAAUUUAAAAAAAAAAUUAGUAAAAGAAAAAAAUGCAAGAAUUGACAUUGUAAACAUUAUAAAUUCCUGUUGAAUUUAGUUUAGUGAACACAAUAAUAUCGAAGUAUUAUAAAUUCAGUGAAAAAGAAAAAAGAUGAAAACUAUUGUGAGGAAGAAUAUCACUUUGAGAACAAUUUUUUAUGUUCAAAUAUCUACAGUUUUUUUUUUAUUAUGAGGAGGGAAGGAACAUAACUAAUCACCUCUUUCCCCUUUCUCGUUCUUUCUGUCCUUUGGUUUUUCUAGGGGCGCGAGAGUUUAGUUAGCUAAAGAAACAUGUUAGCUGCAAAAUAAUAAUGUAAUUUGUAAAAAAAAAGAAGAAAUGAAAAGACGAUGGCAAUUUAUUGCAAUCGAGUCUCCAGUUAAAUUAACUUAUGUUUGUUGACUAUUAUUUAGUUAAAGAAAUAAUGACGGAGGAUGGACUAUUAAUUAAUAUUAUUAUAUUAUGCAAGAAACUAUCUCAAAUAAUGUGCGAUAAAUUCUUACAACAAAAAAAAAAACAAAUAAAUUUAAAUGUUUAAUCAUAAUAUCGUAUCGUAAAAAAAAUGUAAAAUGAUGAAUUUACUUUCUUUUCGCUUUUGUGUAAAACAUUGUAAUUUAUAGUCUAAAAAAAAUAUUUAACAAAAUGAAAAGAAAAAAAAGCAAAAGGAGAUGAAAAAUCUUUGGCUGUUGAAAAUGAAAAAAAAACUGCUGUAAAUUAUAAUUUAAUUUAAAAAACAAAGGAAAGUUUAAUUGAAUCAUCCAAAAAUAGUUUAGGAUGAGUUCUAAAAAAAAGGAAAACUAUUUAAAAAUGACAAUUUGAAGAAAAAUAGUCACUGUAAUGAGUUUUGCAGGAUAAAAGGACUCUUUAAUUUAUAGGGCUGCCCUGUGUUUAUCAUUCCUGUUCCAUGUUAUUACCUUCAAAAUAAGGAUGCUAUAUUAUAUACUUUAAGUAUUUCAGUCAAGGCGAACACAAUAAAAAGUAUACAAACGAUAAAAA